AUGCCAUCCUUGAUUACUACAGGUUUCCACUGCCUAUUUCUACUAGUCACAGCAUGUUGCCAGACAUCACAGGACCCAAACUUUGAUCCUUUCAUCCAACAUAUAAUUGACAGUGCACUAGAAGAGGAAAGCUUCCAGUCAGAGAUGCAAAGGCAGAAGCGAAACAUGCUUACUUUUGACCUUCCCCCUCUGGAGUACACCAUUGACAUUGAAGUAAGCCUUAUGGAUUCAUCUUUCCUGGAGCCAAUCAAACAGUACUUCAAAAACCUUAAUCUUCCAGUUUCAACAAAUAUUUCAAAUGUAGAAAUGAUAGUUUCAAACAUCAACGUUACAACAGUCUGCCUGCCCAGUGGUGAGAACAACAGCUGUUGUUCUUGUGAAAAUGGAUAUGCCUGGCCAAGUGUGAUGUGCAGUGACCUGAUAACCUGCCCUUCUGCCAGCCUAGCACCCAAGCUGCCCUGUGGCUACAUGAAGGAAAUGCCUUUCUAUGGGCCUUACUGUGAGCCUCAAACUGAAGACUCAUGUGGUAUGGGAGAGCCCAUUGUAAUGAAUAUGUCAGUCAGACUCGACACAGACUUUCAGAAUGAUCUCAGUGAUCCUUCUUCUGAAUUAUACAAAAAAUACAAAGCUGACCUUGAAAAAGCGUUUAACGCUAGCUACAGCUGUUUACCAGGCUUUGUAUCGGCAACAGUAAUUGGUUUUAGGCCUGGAAGUGUUUUUGUGAACUAUGAAGUAAAAGCAGGAGCUGCAACCUUCGAUCAGAUAGCAGAUUCCAACAAAAUUGUACCACAAUUUCUAGAUGCAUCAUACCGGCUAAAUCAAGCUACCUUCACAACAGAAAUAACUGACCAGACAAACUUCACUGUGAGUCCUGCAGACAUUUUUGAAGGAGAUACAGUAAGACUGAUGUGUGAGAUAAAUUCAACAUCUGAGAGUGUGACCUGGUAUUACUCCAAUCAGAUCAUCUCAGCCAGCUUCCGGUAUUUGAUUGAGACAGAUGUUACAAAUACAAGUUCGAUUCUUAAAAUUACCAACAUUACGAUGAAGGAUCUUGGUUCCUAUAGGUGCACUUUCACGAACAGUAAUCAGUUUCACACACUGAUAUACAACGCCACAAAAACAAUAGCAGUGUCUCCGCUAUACAUCACUACAAACUUAAAUGACAUCAAUGUUACAUGCAACAGUCCUGAAAUGCAGACAAACAGCCUUCUGCUGUCCUGUUGUAUUGACAGACACUUACCAUCUCUUACUGGUGACUGGAAAGUACAUGGAGCAAUCAAUAUUACAGGAGUCUCCAAUUUCACUGAAAACUGCACUGAAUACAAGCUCAAUAUCAAUGAAUCACUAUGUUCACCUGAGAAGUCAGGUACAGUGACGACAUACACAUGUGAGCUGCAGACUGGACAUGGUGCCAUGUGCAGUCAAGACAUCAGAGUGAGGUACCUCUGGGAAGCCCGUGUAACAAUAUCUUCAAGCAUAAACUCAUCAGUUUCCGAAGGAUAUGCAUUCAAUAUAACAUGUGAAAGUGAUCUGAGCAGUUAUGACAGUAUCAGCUGGAAAAUUCUGUCUGGAAAUAACACAAAAACAGUAAACUGUGGUACGUGCAUCAAAACCAACCAAUCUGUAGCCACAUCUGUGCUCGAAGUGAAGACUGUCACACAGGACUGGAAUGGCACCUACAUCUGCACAUUCUCCCAGAAGAACUUGGAUAGUUCUGCCAACAUGACAAUCGAGGUUAUUUCCUUGCCUCUGAAGCAGAACAUCCUGAGAAACCCCAUUAAAGCAUCUAUACAAUGCAACGUGCAACAAACUCUUGAGUGCUGCAUAAGUGCUAACACCACGGAAAAUUACAGUGUUACAUUCAUAGUUGAAAAAGAAGAAUUCCAAAAAGUUGGGAAAAGGAAACAAGGAAAUUUGUUUUGCUAUGUGUACAAUUACACAGAAACAAAAUGCAAAGAGAAAAAUCUCACGGCAUAUUGCAAGUUUAUGAACCAUGUGAAACAGGAAGUCAAAAGUGAAAUGAUAGAACUGAGCGUGAUAACUGAUUGUGAAGUUUCCUGCUUAAGCAACCUUGGCAUUGGAAUAGAAGGGAGCAUAUUAAUAAAGCCAUGCUGUGACUUAAAUAAUACAGAUGGUUUUAUCCAAGGCAGUGAAACUUACAGGUGCCUCAACAAAUCAUGGAAGCGUGAAAGGGAUGACUGCUUAUCUGUUACAAUAAACAAUCUGUUGACUAGUGCUGAGUCCUUGGCCAACAGUCCUGAGGCAGAAGCAUACCUACCUAAAUACCUUGCAGAGCUUAAGAAAAAGACCGAGGAGGAGCAAACCACAAUAAACAGUUCUCCUGCAAACCUAGGUGCAAUCAUUACAAUCCUGGAUACGGUCUCCUCUAUCCCAGCAGAUGCAAACGUGUCCAUUAUUCAAGAUUUCCUCUCCACAGUGGACUUUAUUGUUGCUGAGUCCACAAAUGAAGCUUGGGCAAAUUUGAAUACAAUGGAGAGAAACAAAAGUUCUUUGUUACUGCGUUCAGUAGAAAAUUUUUCCCUGCACCUCCGACCAGUUAAUAAUACCAUUCCUCCUGUCUAUGCAAACACCCUUCAGCUACAAGGUGCAGUUGUCACAGAAAAUAACACCACUAUUUAUAAUAAGAACUUCAGCAGUACAGGAAACCUCACAGUUGAAGUACUCAUUGGUGAAACUGAAAUUCAGACUCUAACCCCAAAUUCAACAAUUGUCAGCGUGAUGUACUCAAAACUUGGACAUAUUUUGCCCCAGAAUGAGUCUCAGUACGUGAAUAGCUUACUGAUAACAACAACCGUGACCAGGAACAUAAGCCAGGAGUUCAAUAUUAAUAUGGUUUUUGCAAAGAAAAACUUGUCUCUAAAGAUGCCCCAGUGUGUCUUUUGGAAGUUCACACUCAGCAAAUCUGGAGGGGGCUGGGAUACUCAUGGUUGCACACCCACAGAGGUAGAAGAUUAUGUCAUUUGCUCCUGCAAUCACUUGACAUCAUUCUCCAUUCUGAUGUCACCUGAUAAACCCUCCCAGGUAACCUUUGAAGAUUAUAUUACCUACAUCGGCCUGGCCAUUUCAAUCUUGAGUUUGGUGGCCUGCAUUAUAAUUGAAUCUUUAGUCUGGAAAUACGUGACAAACAACACAACCUCCUAUAUGCGCCAUGUCUGUAUACUCAACAUAGCUACAUCACUCCUGAUUGCUGACAUUUGGUUCAUUGUCACUGGCUUCAUCAAUGACCAAAACCAACAGAUGAGCAGACGUGUCUGUUUCGUGGCCACCUUCUUCAUCCAUUUAUUCUACCUGUGUGUCUUUUUCUGGAUGCUCAGCCUGGGCCUCAUUCUUUUCUACAGACUGGUCUUCAUCUUACAUAACACAAGCAAGAGCACUCAGAAAGCAGUGUCAUUCUGUCUGGGAUAUGGGUGCCCCUUUGUCAUUGCAGUCAUCACCAUUGCUGUCACACUGCCAAGGAACAAUUACACCAGAAAGGAAAGCCACCACUGCUGGCUCAACUGGAAGGACAGCAAAGCUCUCUUGGCCUUCGUCAUACCUGCCCUGAUCAUUGUGGCCAUGAAUUUGUUCAUCACCGCAGUUGUUAUAAUAAAAAUACUGAGGCCAACUAUUGGGGACAGGUCAAACAGACAGGAGAGGAACUCAUUGUUUCAAAUUGGCAAAAGCGUGGCCAUCCUGACACCGCUGUUAGGCCUCACCUGGGGAUUUGGCUUUGCCCUCAUCAUCAAGAACAGUCAUAAAGCUUUCCGCAUCCUCUUUACUCUGCUCAAUGCUUUGCAG